GAUAAAAAAUGGACAAAGGAGAGUGUCAAGUCCGCAUGUGAACUUUUUUUUGAAUAUGAGGAGCUCGCCAUUUAUGACUAUUCUGAAGCAGACUUACUUCACACCGUUUGGGAUUUUGUGUACAAGCUGUAUAAACAAAAAAGUAUCAAGGCUAAACUGGGUGAAAGGGUUAGUAAGGCUGUCUCAUCUGCAAAAAAUGCUGGCCGAUCCAUUGAAGCAAUUGAAAGAAGACCAAGAAAAAUCAUGGGAUCAAAACUUGACAUAUUAUUCAAGGCUGGUAUAUAUGAACUUGGAUCAUGCGAGGUUGGAAAGCAUGACGUCGAGGAAACUGAUGAUAAGUACAUCAAUGAUGGUCUCUUGAAACUACCAAAGACCUUAAAAGAUAUGCUGUCUUUACAAGUACGAACCAACAUAAACAAUAUCAAUGCCUUGGUAACAGUUGGUUACUUGAUGAUGGGUAAUUUUUUUUUUUUUGCCUAA